CCAUCCAAACUGCUACAUCCGGCGAGGCCCGUCCGUCCAUGAUCAUGCAUUCGCGGCUUCGCCCGCGGUUGCCCAUCCGGCCAUCCCCGCCCACGCUUGCUCGCUUCCCUCGUACUCUACCGGUCGGCCUCCCAGGCUCUCCCACUAUAUAUCGUGCCCCGUCCCCGGACCAAACGAGAGAUAAGCUUGCUCCACGCUCCAUCACUCUCCUCACUAGUCACAAGUACACCCACUGGCCAGUGGCUACACGAGCUGAGCUAUCUCCGCUAGCAGCUCGCUCACAAGUCACACCCACGCCCAGAGUGUUCUAGCUACACCCUAGCUCCGGUCUUCUUCUUUUUCUUUUUUGAAAGGCGCCACCUUGGCGCGGCCUUCCUCCUAGAUCGAGUCCAGGCGCGCGGUGCGAGAGGGUUCCAGCACCCGCAGGCUGCUUCCCACAACCCCAUUCCACCCUUGGAGGUGGCCACUGGGCCGGCCGGCCGCACCUAACUCCGGUCUUGAUCUCAUAGCUUGAUAAGUAACAACGACGGGCGUAAGAGCUCAGAGAGGUGGGAGCUAGGGAGAGGAACAAAAGAAACCAGCGCGCUUGUGCGUCGUGUGGCGAUGCAUGGCAUGUGUUGACAUGUACAACCCAGAGCACCAUCAUCAGCACCAGCCAGCGCCGCCGUCCUUCAUGGCGCCGCGGAUGUCCUUCUCCAGCGACUUCGCGGUGGAGCCGCCGCCCCCGGCCGCGGCGCGCGGGGGCGGGGACGCCGACUUCGAAUUCUCCGUCGGCAGCCACCCGAUGAUGGCCGCCGACCAGCUCUUCUCCAAGGGCCGCCUCCUGCCGCUCCGGGAGGCGCCGCAGCAGGCCGCCGGCGGGAGGCCCGUGACUCUGCGCGACGAGCUGCGCGCCGACGAGCGCCACGGCCGCGCCCCCCGCGCGACCAACAUCCGGUGGAAGGAGCUGCUCGGGCUCAAGAAGGCGCCCAAGAAGCAGCAGGCCGCCGCCGCCGCCGCCGAAGCUGCCGCCGGCGCGUCCACCGACGCCCACAUGGAUCUUGGAGGCCAGGGAAGCACGAGAGGCUGAAGCAUCAAGAUCAGCUUGUGACUAGCUAGCUAGCAGUGAGCGGCGAAGCAAGUACUGCAUGGUCAUUGGGUGGUACAAAGCGCGCGUGCCUUUUCAGCCGGCUGCUCAUCAUCUGAUAUUGGGGGGGGGGGGGGGGGGGGGGGGGGGUUGAUUUGGCAUCUCAUCGAGCUACCUAGCUAGCUGAUCCAUAUCUCGAUCAUGUCAGUGGCUUAGCCUACCGCCGGAGACGAAGCUGCUACAUACGGCCGGAGAAGAAGACGUCUCUGGUGGCUCAUCACAGUCACACCGAUGUGCAUUUCCCUUUUACCUAUUUGCCGCAUCUUGUUCCCUUCUUUUAUUUAUUAUUUAUUCUGGGUGUAUAAGGGGAAUUUUUUUUUGUCAUUUGUUUCUUGAUAGUAGUAGUUCGUUGGCCGAGUUAUUAGUAGAUGCAUGUCCAACCAUCCAUGGCUGCAGGCUGCUGCAGCUAGCUUUGUUGCAUUGUAGUAAUGGUCGUCGCGUGCGGUGUAGCAGCAGUCAGUCAGUAGUAGUCAAAAUUAAAACUCCGCUAGCUGGUGUGGUGACUGGUGCGUGCCUAUCUCUGAUUGUUUUGAAAAGGGCCAGUAUAUUUCCCCUUUAAUUUCA